AUGGGGCUGCUCAGAGUCAUGAUGCCGCCCAAGAUGCAGCUCCUGGCGCUGCUGGCGUUCGCAGUGGCCAUGUUCUUCCUAGAGAACCAGAUCCAAAAACUGGAGGAGUCACGGGGAAAGCUCGAACGGGCCAUCGCCAGACAUGAGGUACGGGAAAUUGAGCAGCGGCACACGCAGGACGGCCUGCGUGAACGGGAGACAUCGGCCUCAUCGCUGUUUGAGAGCGAAGAUGAUGUCGUCAUUAUUUACAACCGAGUGCCCAAGACGGCGAGUACCUCCUUUACCAACAUCGCCUACGAUCUGUGCGGGAAAAACCACUACCACGUCUUGCACAUCAACACCACCAAGAACAACCCGGUCAUGUCCAUACAGGACCAGGUGCGGUUUGUAAAGAAUGUAACAGAAUGGAGGGAGAUGAAGCCGGCGUUCUACCAUGGCCAUGUCUCCUUCCUGGACUUCACUAAGUUUGGGGUGAAGAGAAAACCGAUCUACAUCAAUGUGAUCCGGGAUCCCAUCGAGCGGCUCGUGUCAUACUAUUACUUCCUACGUUUUGGGGAUGACUACCGGCCUGGCCUGAGACGCAGGAAACAAGGAGACAAAAAGACGUUUGAUGAAUGUGUGUCAGCUGGUGGCUCAGAUUGUGCCCCGGAGAAGCUCUGGCUCCAGAUUCCCUUUUUCUGUGGUCACUACUCGGAAUGCUGGAACGUGGGCAGCCACUGGGCUCUGGAGCAGGCCAAGUACAACCUGGUGAAUGAGUACAUGCUGGUGGGAGUCACUGAGGAGCUGGAGGACUUUGUCAUGAUGCUGGAGGCGGCGCUGCCACGCUUCUUCAAAGGAGCCACCGAGCUGUACAGAACAGGGAAGAAAUCCCAUCUGAGGAAGACCAGUGAGAAGAAGCCACCCAUCAAGGAGUCGGUGGCCAAGCUGCAGCAGUCGGCCAUCUGGAAGAUGGAGAACGAGUUUUAUGAAUUUGCACUGGAGCAGUUCCAGUUUGUCAGGGCCCACGCCGUCAGGGAAAAGGAUGGGGAACUCUACAUGCUGGCUCAAAACUUCUUCUAUGAGAAAAUUUACCCCAAAAAUUAAGAGCAGCGUGCCCACAGAGGAGCAUUUUGGGGAAGGAACUGAGACUUCAGUGCAGUCAGAGAUGAGAGAGAUUGAGGGUGUGGCGUUCCAGACUGCUACCUGACCACCGCAUUCCCUCGUUUCCACACCAGACAUCCCCGGAGAUGAUCAGAUUGUCUCUAAUCCAGACAAACAUUUUCAUUGGCUACGUACUGUUUGCUCGCAUUCAGACUGUUUGAUAUCAUUUUUUUUUGUAUGCAAAGACUUUUUUCAUGGGGAAGCAACGCCCCCUUGCUUCACCGCUACUUACUAACUUACAGAUAUUUUAACUGUAAAUAACUUAACUGCUGUGGUUUUUAUGAAAUAAGACAGUGACGGACUGUUUACUGGGACCUCGGUUUUGUACCGUACUUGAUGUGUUUGGUUUGUGCUCGCAUUCUGAAACACUUUUACAUGUGAUUAAAAUGUGUACAAACACGAUGCCGAUAACGCUGCUGCUGCUGUAAAUUAUUACUACUUUUUUGGCACAUUUCAUGGAACCAUUUAUAGUGGUUUAUUUAUAAUACCCAUGAAAAGGUUACUUUUUUUGUAGGGUGUACAUAUCUUUUAACGCUUUUGUUUUAUUAAAUAGCCUAUACGUGGAGAGAAUGUUGAGCAGUGACGAAGACGUGCUUUUGUUUCCAUCAAAAAUGAUGACAAAGUUA